UCUAUGGUCUGAACGCAGCUAGCACUCACACCGUGACUUAUUCAGUAACUUACGGGAUAAACAUGGGGAAUAAUGUUAGCUGCUAAGUAGCGCAUAGAAAGUAGCUAAUAGGGCAUACGGUUGCUCAGUUAACGUUAGAGCUAAAUCCGACAGGUAGCUGCUUAAGCCUUUGGUCGUGUAAGUUAGCUAAAGUUAAGCAUGGAAUACCUCAGGAAACCCUUAUUUACCAUUCCCCAACAGUGGACUCCUCUCAGGUGUAUCCAACCCAGAUAUUGUUCUAAAUUAGCUAACACCAGUGUGACUCCAAGAGAGAGGAAGACAACUGUAAACAAGUUCAAGAGCCAGAUAUCCUCUGGUCCAAGUUUUCAGGAUUUCAUCAAAGGAGUCUCAGUUAAUAAGACUUAUAAUGCUGCAGAUGAAGAAUACUAUGACAAACAUAGUUAUCUUUCUCAGGACUUGGAGAUGGGGAAUUCAAGGAAAGUGUAUUUUGAAACCUAUGGUUGUCAAAUGAAUGUAAACGACACAGAGAUAGCCUGGUCCAUACUCCAGAGGAAGGGAUAUCAACGCACAGUUGACUUAAGUGAGGCAGACGUUGUCCUUCUGGUAACAUGCUCCAUAAGAGAAAAAGCUGAACAAACUAUUUGGAAUAGACUACAACAACUAACGACUAUGAAGAAGAGACGGUUAAAGACCCACACACCAAUGAAAAUUGGGAUUUUAGGAUGCAUGGCAGAAAGGCUAAAGACAGAGCUUUUGGAGCGGGAGAAGCUUGUAGACGUUCUUGCUGGUCCAGACGCCUACCGGGACCUUCCCCGCCUCCUGACCGUAGCUGACGGAGGUCAUCAGGCAAGCAACGUGCUGCUGUCGUUAGAGGAGACCUACGCUGACAUCAUGCCUGUACACCAUGCUCCUCAUGGAUACAGUGCUUUUGUGUCCAUCAUGCGAGGCUGUGACAACAUGUGUAGUUACUGCAUCGUUCCCUUCACCCGAGGCAAAGAGAGGAGUCGACCUGUCAUCUCCAUACUUGACGAAGUUCGUAUGCUCUCUGAUCAGGGUGUGAAGGAGGUGACUUUGCUGGGUCAGAACGUCAACAGCUACAGAGACACGUCAGAAGAGCAGUUCUGUGGCUCCGACGUCACCAAGCUCAGCCAGGGGUUUAAGACCGUCUACAGGAGCAAACAGGGAGGUCUGCGCUUCUCCGACCUGCUGGACCGAGUGUCGCGCAUCGAUCCCGACAUGAGGAUCCGAUUCACCUCCCCCCAUCCCAAGGAUUUUCCUGAUGAGGUUUUGCAACUGAUUGCGGAGCGAAGGAACAUUUGUAAGCAGAUCCACCUUCCGGCCCAAAGCGGCAGCAGCACGGUCCUCAAAGCAAUGCGUCGUGGCUACACGAGAGAGGCCUAUCUCGAUCUUGUGAAGAACAUCAAGAGAAUUAUCCCAGAGGUGAGUCUCAGCAGUGACUUCAUCUCAGGCUUCUGUGGUGAAACCGAGGACGACCAGCAGCAGACUCUGUCUCUGAUCAGAGAGGUGGGCUACAACGUGGGAUUCCUGUUCGCCUACAGUAUGAGAAAGAAAACCCACGCCUUCCAUCGGCUACAAGAUGACGUGCCAGCUGAGGUGAAGCGGCAGAGGCUGGAGGAGUGUAUCGGUGUAUUCAGAGAGGAAGCUGCACGGGUCAACGCUGCUCUCAUCGGCAGCACACAGCUUGUCCUGGUGGAGGGAGAAAGUAAAAGAUCUGCCAAGGACUUGUGUGGGAGAACCGAUGGCAAUAUGAAAGUGAUUUUCCCCAAAGAGGAUGUUGCUGUUCGGCCUGCAGAAUCCAACACUGCAUCAGUCAAUGCUGGCGACUACCUGUUGGUGAAGAUAUUGUCGGCCAACUCCCAGAGCCUGAAAGGCCGAGCCCUUAGUCACAGCUCCCUGAGAGGCACAGCGCAGCACUACGAGACCCUGCCAAGACACCAGCUUGGUGAACAUGUGGCCUCAGACGCAACCAUGAUUGAAACAUGCCAUUGAUUGACACAGUUUCCAUGCAGCUGGAUGAAGGCGUUACCAAUGGACAGUCUGACACCAGUCCCUGGCACCAAAUCCAGCGCAGACUUCGGUAAUCCCACAUCCACUAUUUGCAUACUGGAAGAGAAAACAUGCAUGUUUGUAAAGGCACUUGGGAUCCCAGUUUGCUAAAUCAUUUACAGCAGUGUUGGAUAGAAACUGGUGCAUUACUUUGACAGGCUGUACUUGACCUUGCCGAUGGGAG